AACACUGAUGCCAAAUGAAAAUAUUUUCUAUCUCAAACACAACAGUGAUACGCAAAAAAAUUAAAUUGGUGAUCAUUUUAAAAUUGCUUAAUAUAUGAAUAUACAGAUUACGUCGACAUUUUAUAUCAAUUUAAUAAAAAGUAAAACAUGUUAGGAUUACAAAAAAAGGUACCACCAUGGAUUACGCGACAAAAUAUCCACAAAACUCCCAUACGAAAAUUUUGGGAAUAUGUGAACAUGAUGUUUAAUAAGCCUGAUUUAGAGCGCAUCAAAACAUUAGGUCCUGAUCGUGCUUGUGCCGAAUGGGUUCUACGAAAUGGUGGCAAAGUUAUAUGGGCAGAUGGUAAAAAGUUGGCAGAUUACAAUUCUCUCCCACCUGAAACUGAGUUUGUUCAAAAAGUUGCAGUCAUUGAUGGGUCUGAAUCUUCUAUAUCACAUUAUGGCUUUGCCCAUUUGAGUGGAUGUACACAGCUAUGGAAAAUUAUCCUUCAUAAUAAUAAAUAUGUUGAUGAUAGAGCCAUGCAAGCAUUAGAACAUGGAAAAAAUUCCUUAACUAAUAUCCAAGUAUCACAGUGCAUUAAUGUGACAGAUGUUGGUUUAAAAGAUCUGAGUGUUCUGACAAAGCUGCAGACAUUAAUAUUGUUUAAUUUGUCUAGUGUUGACAACAUAGAAGAAUGUAUUAAACAAUUACGCUUAAGUUUACCUAAGUGUAAAAUAAUAGAUGCAGAGGAGAAAUUACAGAACUAAUAGGUGUAUAACGAAAUAGAAAUCUGUCAUAAUGGAACAAAAUAAAAUUUAUACUGUUAAUAAAUUAUAAUACAUUU